GGGCUAUUUAAAGGACCUGGGAGGAUCAGAGUCCAGAGAGAGUGAGCAGUGAUCAUGGCCACUUCAGAGCUGAGCUGCCAGGUGUCCGAGGAGGACUGUGAGCACCGAGAGGCCUUCUGGGCUGAGUGGAAGGAUCUGACACUGUCCACACGGCCUGAGGAGGGUUGCUCCCUGCAUGAGGAGGAUGCCCUGCGGCGUGAAACCUACCACCAGCAGGGGCAGUGCCAGGCGCUGGUGCAGCGUUCCCCCUGGCUCGUGAUGCGGAUGGGCAUCCUCGGCCGCGGGCUGCAGGAGUACCAGCUGCCCUACCAGCGGGUGCUGCCGCUGCCCAUUUUCACCCCCGCCAAGGUGGGUGCCAAGGAGGAGCGCGAGGAGACCCCCAUCCAGCUGCAGGACCUGCUGGCGCUGGAAACAGCCCUGGGUGGCCAGUGUAUGGACCGCCAGGACGUGAACGAGAUCACCAAGCAGCUGCCCCCCGUGGUGCCUGUCAGCAAGCCCGGUGCCCUUCGUCGCUCCCUGUCUCGCUCCAUGUCCCAGGAAGCACAGAGAGGCUGAGAGGGACGGUGACUUGGGCCCCACUGUGCCUGUCCUGGGCUGGGCCCUCCCUGGCUAGGACCAUGGAGGGGAGCUGCUGGCCAUGGAUGCUUUGUAGUUUGCCCAGAGUUGGGGGCUAGGGGAGGAGGGAGCCAGAGGCCAGGAUGCCUGGGUCUCCUAUGUUCCCAAAGGGAGGGGAGCAAAGACGGUGGGCAAUAAGGGUGGAGAGCUGGGGGCCAGCACAGCCGAGUACCCCUAGCCCCAGGAGGAAGGACAAAAGAUGCUAGUGAAGGCAAGAGGUCCUUGAGAGGAGUGACCCCAGUCCAGGCUUCAGCUGCAAAGAAGGAUGAGGGGAAAUGUCAGGGGAUCUGGAAUGGUCCAGGAAGGAGGCUUGGAGAAGACUGGAGGGAGGGGGACGUGAAGAGGGCAGAGGCUGGGUGGAGCCCCCAACACCCUCUUGUUAGUGCUGCAAUAAAUGCUCAAUCAUGUGCCAGA